AACAGCACGGCCUUUCCAGUUUGCAUAGAGUUCAGUGACUGCACUAUAUAUAGUGGCGCUUCUAUAAUAUAUUGUGACGAUGUGACCAAAAUAUGUUGGAAAAUCGUAAUUGUGGAGAGAUAAAUAACGAAUGGUGAUAUUAUUUAGUAUGUGCAAAGGAGUGUCACAUAUUAUGUAUAUUGAAUGCAAGGAUUUGUUGUUUGUGUUUAGAUACAAUACACAUUGCUGCACGGAAAAGUCGUAAAGAGAAAUCCAAAGAAAUGGAGAUAGAUGAGUGUUCGGGUGGUGGAGAUAGCGGGGCAGAGGAAGAUGAAGAUGAAGCUUCAACUCAUGGUUCUAGGAGUGACAGUAGCAGUAGUAGUAUAAGUGGUAGUAGUACAACAACAGAUAGCGAAGAAGAUAGCGCAGAAGAUCAAGCUACAAGUAGUAGUGAAAGCCACAGUUCUGCAGAGGAAGAUGAAGAUGAAAAUGAAAAUACAGAAUAUAUGGUAAAUGUAGAAACCCCUGAUAUUUUGAGAUGGGAAACCUGCGUUGCUGCCAAUACUAAAGUGAAAUUACCACAAGAUCUGUGUGAGCAUUUCAGUAUCUUUAAGGAAAUGCUAGAUUAUCCACGUUUCUGGAAUGAAUAUCUUACUGAAAGUCAAAGAGAAACAUUAUAUAAUCUUUUGCCAACUUUUCCAAAAGAUUGCAACAUAGAAGCACAAAUGGAAAAAUCAUUGCAGAUGCUAUUCAAUAGAGAAAAUGAUAGAUUUGGUGUAACGGCACUGGAUGCAUUUCAUAAUCAUCUUUCUGCUGGUCACUAUCGUCCAGAUAUUAACAAAAUACGCAGAUUGGUGCGCCAUGCGCAAAAGAAAAGAUUAUUAUUUAAAGAACGGAAACGGUCGUACGAAUUAGCGAGUCAACUACUUAAGUCACGGGAAAGUUUACUGUCAAAUGCAUAUAAGCAAGGUUUUAGUCAACCGACCAACCGGGCACUAUCUAAACUUCAUUGGCGCAAGCCAAAACCAAUAAUAGUUGAAGAGAAGACCCAGCUACGCUAUUUGGAGGAAUUGAAUGCAGUUCGGGCGGAACUCGGGUCCAAUACGAGAUUGUCCGCUGACACAACGUCCGAGAAUGAAGAGAAUUAUCCACAUUAUCAGACCGCAGGUGCCAAACAAAAAAGGAAACGGCGUUCUACUGCGAGUCUUGGAUUGUCUGUUAAAGGCUUGCAACUCAGUCACGAAGACGAAACCAUUCGACCUGUGUUUUCCACACUACAGCGAAUGGAAUAUGCACCGAGCAGAUCGUUGUUUGUGCGCGAACAAACAGAAGAAACCUACCGUGCUAUGUUAAGUGCGCAUAAAAAGCGACGUGCUCGUCGAGAUAUUCAUCCGGAAUUGAACACUCAAGGGAUUGCGCUUGCCGAUCUCACACAGAGAUCGCAAAUUGGUCAGAAACACAAGUUUUUGAUCGGCAAUUCCACGAAGAUUGCACCCAAAAAGAAAGUUAAAGUGGAACAAAACUCUUUAUGUCCACCCACGACAAAAUUGGUGAACUCCCAUUCUGUGAAGCACGAAAGUGACAACAGUGAUUAUUCUCACACAACCGAUGACAAUAGACAACCUAAUAUCGCGGACAUGGAUUACAAUAGAAUAGUAACGCCAAUAAAAUUGGAACCGAUCGAUACGUAUGAAGUGCAUCAAUUAGCUAAGAAGAAAAUCAGUUCAGCAACUCCAAAGAGUAACAAGUCGGCAAUAAUCAAUACGCCAGAAAUAAAGAAAGAAGUUGAAGAUAUAGAAUAUGAUGAAGUUAAGACAGAGUUAAGUUCGAACGUGAAUGAGGACAUGCUGAUUGAAACUGAAGAAGAAGAAGAAAAAGGAUCUAAGAAAGAACUCGACUUGGAUAAUAUUGAUAUGAUGCAAUUACCGAUCCAACUCGAUGACGGAAUUGAUAUACUUGAUGACGUUAAAUGCGAGGAUGAGAGUGUUAUGUCAAUAUCAGAAAAGGAAGUGACCGUACCGUCUAGCGAAAGUACCAUAGACGUUAACAAUGGUGCGGAAUUAAUGCAAGAAACGCACGCUUGUUUUUUCUCUUUGUUGCGAGAUGCUUUCACUUCUAAGGGAGAAUAUCGAAUGAGCGCGGCGGAAAUGAAAGAGGCGGUAAUGCAGUGGCAAGGCAAUCCUAUUUCACCCUUAAACGACUGGUACUCCUUGGUGCCUUCGUGGUCCACGUUAAUACCAUUAGCCCUAGGAUUUCUCGCUGGAGAAUUAACAUAUUCACAGGAUUUAGAUUUACGACAGGAACGAGAUCAAGAACUUGUACCUUACUUGGAAAACAAAGGUCGAGGAAUAUACGCAUGGAUUGGUGCAGGGCGCGAUUCUGAUACUCGAUUACAGGAUCUGUGUACAAAAUUCCUUAUGUAUAAAGAUGUGUUAGUAUCAUCGAACACUUCGGCUACCAGUACUGUAGCAACAGUAAAACCGCAACAAAUUCAACACGCAUCUUUGAACAACAGUAAUGCGAAUAGCGCGAUAGCGAGCGGAACUUCGCAAAGCACUAGAAGCGGAAGCCCAGCGUUGGAAUCUGUAAGUAUAGAUGCUAGUGCUGCUGGAACCGAGUGGGAACCACCUCGCGCACUAUUCCCUACGGAAUGGAAGGUUCGUCCGUCCACGUCGGAGGAACGUGAGGAAUUUCGAAGACAGGAGCUUAUGCGUUACGCUGCACCUCACAAAGCAUUUACUUAUCGUAUGCAUGGUUAUGCGUCUGUAGUCGGCCCGGUCAAAGGAAUUUACCAGCACAACGUCGCUUCAGGACAAUCUAAAGCGCGAGGUCAUAAUUUGCUGGUGGCAGAUCGUCCAAACUUCGUAACUAUUUUAGCGUUAGUCAGAGAUGCUACUGCUCGACUUCCUAAUGGUGAAGGAACACGAGCUGACAUUUGUCAGUUAUUGAAGGAUUCGCAGUAUAUCAAAGAACAAGGAAACAAUGACGAUAAUCUCCAUUCUGUUGUAUCAGGAGCGCUCGAUAGACUGCAUUACGAAGCGGAUCCUUGUGUCAGAUUUUAUCCACGUCGAAAAGAGUGGCUUUAUCUUCAUCGAGCGCGAUCUGAAUCUGAGUUUGAAAUGUUUCAUCAGCAAUUGCAAGGUGUUGCGAAAAAUAAAAAGAGCGUUGGAAGUACAUCACGGAACAAAUCAACCCAACCUAUUCUUAAAUCAACCAAUGCAAACAAGGAACAGUUUUCGAAUACUAAGGAGGUUACCGUUAAAAAAGAGAGGCGGACGACGACUAUAUCUGCGCAACCUGUCAUGCCCAAGAAAGAGCAACGUAAAACCGAAGAGAAAGUUAUUAUUGAACAUCCUAUCUCUACUGAAGAAUCCAUUAAUAAUAAUGUAGAAGUGGCAGUGAGCACAAUAGCAACUCCGACCAUUUCUAUUACUGAAUCCCCUGUCCCCGUUGCAUCGCUCAUGACAUCUCCGGCUACGGUCACAAGUAUAGUAAAUACAGAACGAGAUAAUGUUACAGUGGAGGCAAAAUCACAACUUCCUGCUAUAACGACGAUAAAAAGAGCGUCCGCUGUUGGAGGAAAACCGAUCACUGUAGUCAAAACGAAUGCUACACAGAGCUUGCUUCAGUCAAAUCAACAUAAUUUUCCGCAUCACCAAAUUCAAGUUUCCACAUCAGCCGGUCUGCAAACUAUUCGUUUGUCCGGGCAUUCAGUGUUGCAAUCUGCACAACAGUCGGCUAUCCCAGUUAGUGGUAACAACGUAACGAAUGGAACCACGACGAAUUUAACGACAAUAUUGCCGUCUACGAAAGUACAACAAAAUCAGCAACAACCAACUAUAGUAACGAAUCAAGCAGGGAAGAGUAUCUUGCAACCUACUAACAUAAAACAACAACAGUCACAGCAGCAACAACAGCAACAACACGUGUUACCAGGCAAAACCCUCUUGGCGUCACAAAUCAAAUUGGUCAGUUCAAGUCAAAUUAAAUCGUUACUUACGAGCCAUGGUCUUCAAGGUCAGACUAUAUUUAUUAAACAAUCUCCACCAUCGAAUAAUCAAUCGCAACAGCAAUUACAACAGCAACAGCAGCAGCAACAGCAACAACAACAAUUAAAGCAACAACUGCAGCAUCAACUUCAACAACAGCGAGUUGUGGCUAGUCAACAACAAUCUAUACAACAGACUCCGGGAAUGCAGCGCAUAUUCGCGCAAAUCGGGGGAAAACCGAUCGCUGUGCAAAUACAACAGUCGCCCCAUCAACAACAGCAGCAGCAGCAACAGCAACAGAAAAUAUUAGCGAAAGUUUUAACAAACAGUGGUGGAGGGCAGAUUAUAUCCGUGGAAAGUUUGCUCGCGCAAAAGGGAUUGAAACUUGCUACUACUGCUGCUCAUCCUAAUCAACUUAACAGACAGGGCAAACAAGUUAUACAAGCUCAAUACCAGGUGGUACCCCAAACGCAGGCAUCUCCUGGUCAAUCGAAAAUAAUAGCAGUGAGCACACAGCAUCAACAAUCACAAUCACAGCAGACUCCAACUGUUCGAAUGGUCACCGCUCAACUUGCGGGAAAACCCAUCGUAUUGGCGAGUGGUAACAAGAAUGUGGGAGUCGCGGUGAGCACCAGUAGCGGCAACGUAGUGUUAGGCAAACAGCCAGUUUCUCAACAACCACAACAGCAACCGCAACAGCAGCAACAGCAGCAGCCACAACAACAAACGCAACAACCGAUUAUCUUGCCGAGUCAAUUGCUCAACAUCAAAACGUUGCAUGGACUCAAAGUAAUUCCUACGCCAACCGGUUUAAAGACCGCCGGCAGUGCCGUGUAUGCUCGAGUUAUCGCUCCUACGACAAUAGCGUCCACGCAGGCUGCAUCAAAUCAACAACAGACUCUACAAACGCAAUCGUCGAGGAAUACUUCGUACGGCACACCUUGAGAAGAUUGAUGUUGUUUAUGUAUGCUUAAUUCGUUUAUGUCGGUUCUUCAAAUCUGUUUGUUUUUUUCUUCUUUUUAAAUUAAGAGUUUAAGAUAAAAUUUUAGUGGGACAAAAAAUUAUUUCGAUUAUACGUCGUAUUUUAACUUAAUGAAUAUGCUGUAAUAUCGAUUAUAGAGUUUAGCAAGUAUGCUUUAAUAUUCAUAAGGUUAAACAAAAUUUAAAAAAUAUAUAAUAAAAAUAUAAGUUAAAAUAUUAAGAGUA